GUUUCCCGGAUGGAGUAACGCCGCCAUCUUUCCUCCAGUGCUACCGGUGGUUCUUCAGUUCAGCGGAGCGACGGUGCCGUUGCUGAUCCACCACCAGGAAUCGCCGAGCAGCCGAUAAUCCUCCCUUUCCACUGGGACGCCACGAGCAGCCCCACCACCAUGGCGGAUAGAGAGAACUUAGUAUACCAGGCAAAACUUGCCGAACAAGCGGAGAGAUACGACGAAAUGGUAGAGUCGAUGAAGAAAGUGGCCAGCAUGGACGUGGAGCUGACGGUGGAGGAGAGGAACCUGCUGUCUGUAGCAUAUAAGAAUGUGAUCGGUGCCAGAAGAGCUUCCUGGAGGAUAAUCAGCAGCCUGGAACAGAAAGAAGAAAACAAAGGCGGAGAGGACAAACUAAAGAUGAUCCGCGAAUACAGGAAAACGGUCGAGAAAGAGCUGAAAUCAAUCUGCAAUGAUAUUCUGGAUGUACUGGACAAGCACCUCAUCUUAGCUGCAACCACGGGAGAAUCUAAGGUUUUCUACUACAAAAUGAAGGGAGAUUACCACAGGUACCUGGCAGAGUUUGCCACAGGCAACGACAGGAAGGAGGCAGCAGAGAACAGUUUGGUUGCGUACAAAGCUGCUAGCGACAUCGCCUUGAUCGAACUCGCUCCAACGCACCCCAUUCGUCUGGGACUGGCCCUUAACUUUUCAGUUUUCUAUUAUGAAAUCCUCAACUCGCCUGACCGUGCUUGCAAGUUGGCAAAGGACGCAUUUGACAACGCCAUUGCAGAACUGGAUACGCUGAGCGAGGAAAGCUAUAAGGACUCAACACUUAUCAUGCAGUUGCUACGUGACAACUUGACACUAUGGACCUCAGACGUUCAGGGAGAUGAUUCUUAAGGACAGCCCUCUUCCUUCACUCUUCCAUUAUAGAAGUGUAUUUUGUGAAGAACAGAACAAAGAAGCACUGCAAGAUGCGGAGGAAGAGACCCAGUGAGACUGAACAAUACAAGACAAACCCUCUUCUUCCUCCUCCUCCUCCUCCUCCUCCCUCGUUUCUCUCCUCCCAGCACUAGCUUCUGUCCCCGGCCAC